ACUUUUUCUCGAUUGUCAUGGUGUGUAAAGGUUGAUUUUGUUUUUGUUACAUUUUUCGUAUUUUUCCGCAAUAUAAAUCGUAUUUCGAUACACAAUGAACAGAAUCAUUUUAAACCACUGCCGGUGUGUUAAAAGAUCAACCUUACUAUGGGAGACCAGACAGUAUCAAAAUUUUCCAUACAUAGCACUCUCAAGGUCGCUGUCCUACUACACAGCUCAGCCUUUAGGCUUGAGACAUGAUGUUACCCAGAAACCUCUACACACAAGGAACCUCUUCUACCCAGAUCAUGUCAGGCUAAUAUCCACAUCCAAACAAUACUUUGAUAAGGAACCCCUCAAACCUUCAUCCAAAGUGGAGGCCACUGUUGAGACAAUAAAAAAGGAUUUAGAAGAAAAAGAGAAGCUUCCCAAAAAGGAAGAGAAGAAAAAGAGCAUAAAACAGAGAAUAAUGGAUGAGUUACGACAUUAUUACCAUGGGUUCAGGCUGCUUUUCAUUGAAAUAAGAAUAUCAACAACAUUACUGUUCAGGAUAUUGAAGGGUGAUACUCUCACUAGGAGAGAGCACAGGCUGCUGGUUACCACCAUCGGUGACCUAUUUAGGAUGGUACCGUUUAUUGUUAUCAUUGCAGUUCCAUUCCUGGAGUUUGCACUGCCGGUAUUAAUCAAAUUGUUCCCAAACAUGUUACCAUCCACAUUCGAAAGCAGAGACAUGAAGGAAGCUAAGCUGAAGCAGCACUUAAAAGUGAAGCUGGAGAUGGCAAAGUUUUUCCAAGAGACGUUAGAUCAAAUGGCUCCACAAGCCGGUAACAGGCAUUCAGAGUUAGCAAAAGAAUUCUCUACCUUCUUCAAUAAAAUUCGAACUUCAGGUGACAUUGCCACUAGCGAAGAGAUAAUGAAGUUUUCAAAAUUGUUUGAGGAUGAAAUUACCUUGGAUUCCCUGGGAAGACCACAUUUAGUGGCUCUCUGUAAAGUUUUAAACGUUUCUACAAUUGGUACAGGUGCAAUGUUACGUUUUAAUUUGAAGAUGAAGUUGAGGUCAUUGUCAGCAGAUGACAAAAUGAUAGCUAAAGAGGGUGUGGACAGUUUGAACUUCAGUGAGCUACAGCAAGCUUGCCGAGCUCGUGGUAUGAGAGCGUAUGGUGUGUCUGAGGAGCGUUUAAGGAAAGAGUUGAGGAACUGGUUGGACUUGUCGUUAAAUGAGAAAGUGCCUCCGUCGCUACUGCUGCUGUCCAGAGCGUUGAUGGUACCUGAUCACGUGCCGACUACGUACAAGCUGAAGGCAACUAUCUCAGCACUGCCUGAGCAUGUUGUGACACAAACGAAAGCAGCCAUUGGCGAAAAGGAAGGCAAAUUGGACUUCAAGGUGAAAGCAGAUGCCAUCAAACUUGAAGAACAAAGAAUCAAGGAAGAAAAGAGAGAAAUGCUGGAGGCUGAGAAAGAGAAACAAAUUCUUGAAGCUAAAAAGAGAGAGAAGGAAGUCCUCAAAGACAAAGCACCAAUCAUCGACAUGGAAUCGGAUCCAAUUAUGAUUGAUCCAGCACCGGUAAUUGCUGUUGACUCCGUGAAAAAGUCUGAAGAAGGUCUGUCUGGCAAAGACAUUGAUGUCAUUGAGGAUGCUUUAGAGAAAUUAGCUGAACAGAAGAGGUCCCUGCUCCUCGAGAAGGAAAGCAUCCAGGAGCUGAAGGCCGAGCUCUCGGAGUACAGCGAGGAUGUCAAGGAGAUGGACGAGAUCGUGAAGACCAAGCAGGCAGACAUCAAGCUUACUAAGGGAGCCACGAGAUUGUACCGCGCCGUCAACAACAUGAUCAGCAAGUUGGACACGGUUCUGGUCGAGCUUGAGAGCAAAGAGAAAGCCCUCAAAAACACCCUGGAACAGACGAAAUCCGAGCCCGGGAAGGCUAAGGAACAACUCAUCCAGAUAGACGAACUGAUGCAUUCCAUUAAGAGCCUGCAGAAAGUACCUGAUGCGGCCAAGCUGAAACUGAUCCAAGACGUUUUGGGCAGGCUCGACGAUGACUUCGACGGACAGUUGAAGGUCGAUGAUGUUUUGAAGAUGCUCGAAAUAAUAGGCAACGAGAACGUCAACCUAUCAGAGAAGCAGAUGGCUGAGCUGAUCGAACUCCUGGACAAGGAGGAGAUCCUCGAAGUGGAGAGCAAGAUCCAGAAGGCGUUGGACAAGGCGGCCGUCGCAGCGAAGGAGAUGGAUAAAGCUUCUGUUACAGAGGGAAAGAGUUUAUUCGACAUAAUCCGAGAAGCGCAGAAACGAAGAACAUUAAAGAAAGCCGUUGGUACGAAGUUAGAGGAAGAACCGAUUCCGAAGAGCGAGCCCAUAGUCAAACCAGAGGAGAGCAGUAAACGGCCAGAGAGUCAUUGAGCCUAGCCUAGUCGAUUCUAGCCUGGCCGCCCUAGCCUGGCUAAGCCUAGCCCGGCCUAACCUAGCCUCAGUCUAGCAUGGGUUUAUAAAACAUAAUAUUAUACCCUAGUCGUGGAAUAGUUUGUAGUAAGACCUCUUUUCGUAGACAAAGUAACAUCGUUAUAUUUUUGACAUUUAUACAGUUGGUUUCGCUCAUUAUCGUAGAGUAUUUUUAUGAGCGUAUCUAGAUUGUUGUUAGACUUCGAAUAAGCUUGUAACUGCCAUAGAGAUCUUAACAUUUUCAAUAGCGAAUGUCACUUUGUCUAAGGUCUGCUUAGCUUACUCUGAUUUCGAUUCUGACUAGCCCGGCUCGGCUUAGCCUCGCCUAGCCUAGCUUUACUUAGUCAUGUUGUACAUACGUCGUUGUGGGUGUUAGUUCGCUUUCGCUCUGGUUUGGCCUCAAAUCAACGAUGAAGGCGCUUGGGGGUUAAAAGGCCCGUAGGAAGGAAUAAAGAAGAAAAUAUCUACAUUAUUUGGAAUAUUUCAAUCGAAAUUCAAAGGGGAGGACCCCUUGAUGUCAAGUUUUAUGAAACAAUCUCAGUUUCAAAGUAGUACUUAUUUAAAAUUUAUAUAAAUUGUGAUUUAAUCUGUUUAUAAAUUAAGACUGUCCUUUUGCUAUCUCUCUAUAAAUGCCGGCGGGACAGCAUUAUUAAUCGUUGAUAUCUUUAAAUAAAUUACCUAAUUGGUGUUGUGUAAACUUAGUUUUUUUUAUUGGCAACAAUUUUUAGAUCCUGACUACGGUCCGAACUCCUGUUUAGAGCCAGUAAAAUCGAGUCAAACACGACGAACAUAAUUUAUGUAGAAGAAUAUUUUUACGUUUAUUGAUGUGUUACCCUAAUGACAAUAAGCAUUUUUGUAAACAUGUAAUCAAUCACACAUAAAUAUGUAAAUAAGGUUUUACAUAGCAUUGUAUCGUAUAAUCUUUCCGUACCGUACAAAGUUAACUUUCUAAUGUGUUGUAGCGUUUUAUUUUUUCGCGUAUAUUUUUUUCUUUGAUCUUUUCAGAGAUUUAUUGUAUUGUUUAUGCAUUUCUGUGAUCAAUAUUCAAUUUAAGUUUUAUUUAUAUUUUAGUCAGCGGAAAAAUGUUGGUGCACAAAUUGUUUUUGAUGUCAGUAUGUCCGUUGUUUGUGUUGCAAUAAUUUCCUUAUUCCUCGGACUGAAAUCCAGGUGAAACGGUUAUAAGUACAUUAUUGUAUCUGAAACCUUAUUAUGUAUAUAACUUGCUAAUACAAUAUCCGCAUAGUGUUGUUAGACAGGAGAUCGUUCAGAUAUUUAACUUUUGGCUGUUCUGUAUUCGGUAAGACUUAUUACAUCAUUGACCUAGAGAAACAGGCAUGGCUAUGUUUAUUCCUUUUUUGGAUUUUAUCAACUUUGUGAUAAGGAUCUUCUGUUUGGCAGGAAACCAGGGAUGCAAAAAUUAUCGUAUAUUAAUUUAUGCAUAGCAUUAUUAUUUACUUUUACUGUAUUUUACCAUUAUUUAUUCAAUAGUUUCUUCUGUUGCGAGAAAUUGUAAUGUGAGCUCGAAUAGGCUUAAAAUGAAUUAACUAAAAGGAUGGUGGUAUAAUAAGUCUUAACUGUUGGAUCUGAGCAUCUAACGAAAAAAUGUUUCAAUUUGCUAUUCAUGUUAAUGAAUUUACUUUUACAAUGCGGGUGUUGGUUACUCUAAUCUACGUUUUAUAAAAACAAUGGUUAGUUUUUUGAGGAACAAUAAUGUUUUUUCGUUAGAUGAACAGAGGUACUUGAUACUUGUGAAGUUCUGAUAAAUAAAUGAGAAAAAUAAGAAUUGAAAAA